AUGGCGCGUCCUGAAGCGGCAACAGAUUCAGGAGCGUCAGCAGCAAUUUUUCCCAGCCAGGUGCCUCUGACUGCGUCGAUGCCACCGGACUCACCGUCUUAUUCUGGCCGUGGCGAUGUUUCUGGGAUGGCUCAACGUUCAUCUUCUUCGUCGCGCCGGUUCUCGUCAGAAGGGGCUUGCAUGCAUCACUUGCCUGAGUACUGUCUUCGCUCGCUUCUACCACUACCAAAGUCGCGAGACGCUCUGCUUGUCUCGAACGUGACCUCGUCUUCCUCCCCGAGCGCACGAAAGGGGGAAAACGAACUCGCUUCUUUCCACCCUCCGUCAUCGCUUGUCUCUUCAGGCGACUCUCCUUUCCAGGACACGUCGGCGUUUUCUCCUAUGGCUUGCUUUUUUCGACAGCAGGCGACGAUCCACCCAACGCCGUUCUAUCUGUAUGAUGAGGCGCGCCUGCGAGAGAAUUGCCGGCGGCUUCUCGCCGCCUUCUCCUGGGCGUCUGAACCGUUCUCAGCGCCGACUCAGUCUGCGCGUGAUAGCUCCACGCGUUCUCCGCGCGAGUCACUGGAGAGCUGCAGAGGUUCACCUUCCUCGCUUUCUGUCGCCGGUGGCUUCACGAAUUACUUUGCUGUCAAAGCGACGCCGACGCCCGCUAUCCUUGAGAUUCUCAGAGAGGAGGGUCUAGGUGCGGACUGCAGCAGUUUGGCAGAGCUCCUGCUUGCAGAGGCUGCUGGCUUCACAGGAGAGCGUAUCUUCUUUACCUCCAACCAGACUCCGCUAGAGGACUUCCUAAAAGCGCGAGACUUGGGAGCAAUUAUCAACCUCGACGACGUUUCACACCUCGACUUCCUCCAUGAGAAACUUGGGGGGGUCUUACCUGCCUUUCUAUGCUUCAGGUAUAAUCCCUCAGCGGAUGCGCGUCAGUCUACGGUUCAGAGCAACUCGAGGAUUAUGGGCAAACCCGAGGAGUCGAAAUUUGGCAUGACGAAGCCGCAGCUUUUUCGUUGUCUAUCGCGCGCCCAUUUGGGGGGGGUACGUCGGUUUGCUCUGCACGCUAUGAUCCUUUCGAAUUCGCUUUCUGUCGAGGAAGUCGUGGAGACUGCACGUCUCCUCUUCGCUUUGGCAGCAGAGAUCAAAGAGCGGCUGGGCAUUGUCAUCGAGAUGAUCAAUCUGGGAGGAGGCCUUGGCGUGCCUUACCACCCUGAAGAGAAACCGCUUGAUUUGCACGAGAUCUCCGCGCGGAUCAAGACCUGGUACAAAUGCACCCUGGCGCUUCAGGGCUUGGCUGGCACUCGACUCGUAGCUGAGAAUGGGAGACUCAUCACCGCUGAUGCUGGCGUCUUGGUCACCCGAGUUAUUCACCAGAAAAACACAUACAAACGCUUUAUAGGUGUCGAUGCAUGCAUGGCUCACCUGAUGCGCCCUGGUAUGUACGGCGCGUACCACCACAUCUCUGUCGUGCCUGAGAGAGAUUAUCAUGAUCCACGUCUACCGUCGAGACGAAACAUCUUUUUUGAUAAAGACGACAAUACCGAUGACCUGAACACCGAGCACUUUUAUGAUGUGGUCGGGGGACUGUGUGAGAACAACGACAAGUUCGCCGUCGAUCGUCUCCUCCCUCGUGUUGAUAUCGGUGAUCUGCUUCUCAUCCACGACGUAGGCGCACACGGGCAUUCGAUGUGCUUCAACUACAACGGUCGCCUCCGUUGCGCCGAGUACUUGCGACGACUGAACGGAGAAGUGGUUUUAGUUCGGCGUGCUGAGACCCUGGCAGACCUCUUUGCAACCGUUGCAGAGCCGUCUUUGCCUGGCGGUUUGUCGCUUCUCUUCGUCUCUCGCCAUCAUGACACUACGUCAUCGCUCCUGGCCCUUCCCUAUCGCGUUCUCUUGCGUGUGCUCACGUCUUUCAGGUCUCCAUGGUUUUUUUCCAUGCGCACUUCAUCUCUUUCCUACUCGCGCCUGUUUCCCUCGUGCAUAUUUGGUGCUCGCAGUGUAUUCACAGGCGCCGCGGUCCUUGCGGCAAUCGGGCUGCUUCUCUUGUUCAGAGUUCGAAAAGUGAGAUAA